CGGCGGGGCCGGAGCGCUGCCGGCAGGCGGGGGGGAGGCGGUGCCCCGGGGGCGGGCACGGCUAAUCGCGGCACGUGGUCGGGCGCAGCAGCAGCAGCAUCAUGGCGCAGCUCACGGCGCGGUUUCGCACCGAGAACCGCAGGUACGCGGUGGAGGAUGUGCCCUUCUCGGUGCCUGCGGCCUCCGAGACCACAGACCUCAGCCAGCUCAUCAACAAGCUGCUGGCGGCCGGCAACGCGGAUCACAAAUAUGUGGAAUUCGACUUCCUUAUCAAUGGGCAGUUCUUGCGAAUGCCACUGGUCACACACAUGGAAAUGGAAAAUAUCUCCACAGAAGAAGUGGUGGAAAUAGAGUAUGUGGAGAAAUACAUGGCCCCUCAGCCAGAGGAGUGCAUCUUCCAUGAUGACUGGAUCAGUUCUGUUCAAGCUACUGAAGAAUGGAUAUUAACUGGCUGCUAUGAUCAGACUGCUCGAAUCUGGUCUUUGGAAGGAAAAUCCAUCAUGACAGUAGCUGGGCAUACAGAAGUAGUGAAGGAUGUGGCAUGGGUAAAGCAAGAUAGUUUAUCAUGCCUAUUACUCAGUGCUUCUAUGGACCAAACCGUGCUGCUGUGGGAGUGGAACGUGGAGAAAAACAAAGUGAAAGCCCUUCACUGCUGCAGGGGACAUGCUGGGAGUGUAGACUCUAUAGCUGUUGAUUGCACGAGAACUAAAUUCUGCAGUGGAUCCUGGGACAAAAUGUUAAAGAUCUGGUCUGCAGUACCUACAGAUGAAGAGGAUGAAAUGGAAGAAGCAGCUAACAGACCACGGAAGAAACAGAAAACUGAACAGCUGGGACUAACAAGGACUCCCCUGUCAACCCUCUCUGGCCACACAGAAGCUGUCUCUUCUGUGCUGUGGAUAGAUGCUGAAGAAAUCUGCAGUGCGUCGUGGGACCACACCAUUAAACUCUGGGAUGCUGAGACUGGAGAUCUCAAAUCAACCCUGACAGGAAACAAAGUGUUUAAUUCUGUCUCCUACUCACCGCUGUGUCGUCGCCUCGCAUCUGGGAGCACUGACAGACACAUUAGACUAUGGGAUCCUCGCAGCAAAGAUGGCUCCUUGGUUCUGCUGUCUCUGACAUCUCACACGGGCUGGGUGACAUCUGUGAAGUGGUCACCUACCCAUGAGCACCAGCUGAUCUCUGGUUCUCUGGACAACAUUGUGAAGCUCUGGGACACAAGGAGUUGCAAAGCUCCUCUGUAUGACUUGGCUGCUCAUGAAGACAAGGUUUUGUGUGUGGACUGGACAGAAGGAGGGCUGCUAUUGAGCGGAGGUGCAGACAACAAACUGUAUUGCUACAGAUACCCAACUACAGCCUCUGAUGUUGGAGCAUGAAGGUCAACAGCCAGAAGACUUGAAAAAAAGAUAAAAAGAUUCUUGCAGCAGUUGUUCUCUGAAGAAAGGAGUUUCUUGUUGCUCAGAGCACUGUUCCUGUUUUUUAUUGGUAACCUAUAAUCCAUAUUUAUCACAGGAAAAUGGCCACAAGCAGUUACAAAUGUGAUUAGCUUGAAACAAAGCAAAGUGUUUCCUCCCUUUUGAUGGCUAUUUGUAUAGCUCUUUUAAUAAAGAGUAAACUGUUCCUGCUACUUACAGAAAAAUUACUCACUGGAUUAAAUUAUUAUUUUUUAGUUUACCUUCUUUGCCCUGAAAAGAAAAAAUAAAGCUUUUAUCUACAGUUCAGUCCUAGUGCCUCGCUUCAGAUAAAUGUCAGAAUUAGCUCUCCUUUCACUACAGCUGUUGGCAAUUCUUACAAUUAGGUCCUUAACUGGUGAUCCCAGGUUUCCUUCUUGGAUGAAAACUUAGUAUGUUUGCAGUGCAAAUGGUUUGAUAUAAAGGAACUUGACAGAUU